GAAGGGAGAGAGCAGGCAGGCGGAACAGUAGGAGCGGUGCGGGUUGCUGGCCGGAGCCGCAGUGCGGGAUGGGGUUGCCGGGCUCGGCCUAGCGGGCUGCCCGGGGCCCCGCUCGGCAGCAGCGGGCUUAGGGCCUCCGGAGGUUGCUCCGGCCUGUGUGAGGCCGUUCCCUGCGCUGGGCUGGCCCUGGGCUCCGGGUGCUGCUGUCUGCGGGGCCGCAUCGCCUCCGCCGCCUUCGUGGGGGUAUGUGGGGAGAGAGAAUGCAUCUGACUGGAAAGGGGAGCUGGAGUGUGAGGAGUGGAGCGCAAUGACUACAGCGCGCUGAUUGCUGUUCACUCGUUUACUUUGCUGUUAAAAUCUACAUGCCUGCGUUAAGGUGCAGACAUCUCUUGAAUGAUGUGCAUAUAAGUAUCUGGGUUUUCCUAUUACAGUCUCACUGUCAGGUGCUUGCUGCGAGGAUCGUUCCGUUACGUUCACCUCUUGGUCAGUCAUAAAGAUGUUCAGUGCCAGCCAGUCCUCCAAGGCCCAGUUCCUGGACAAAGCACGGCAGGCCCGCGAGGAACGGCGUGAGCUGAAGGAGCGGGAGCGCGCUGCCGUGCAGAUCCAGGCACUGGUCCGGAGGUUCCUCUGCCGAUGCCACCUGCAGAAGGAGAUCAGGAGAGAAGUGGAGGAUUUCUUUGGGUCAGCUGAAUCUGGGGCAAGUAAAAGGAGUGCUCUUUCUGUCUUCAGAAUUGCUAGGAAGCUGCUGUUUGUAUUUAAUCAUAAGGAGGACAAAGAGAGAUUUGAAAAGCUGUGCCGUUGUAUUCUUAAUAGCAUGGAUGUUGAGAAUGAACCAAAGGUGUGGUAUGUGUCACUGGCACUCUCCAAGGAUCUCACACUCUUAUGGAUCAAACAGAUCAAAGACAUUUUGUGGUUUUGCUGUGAAUUUCUCAAGCAACUUAAGCCUGACAUCUUACAAGACUCCAGACUGGUCAGUUUGCACCUCACAAUGCUUGUCACUUUCACAGACACUUCUACCUGGAAAAUCCUUCGAGGAAAAGGUGAAACCCUGCGGCCUGCCAUGAACCACAUCUGUGCUAACAUCAUGGGACAUCUAAAUCAGAAGGGAUUUUAUUCUGUGCUGCAGAUUUUGCUAACCAAUGGCUUGGCAAGAUCCAGACCAUCCUUGUCCAAAGGCUCUUUAACUGCCAUCUUCUCUCUUGCAUUGCGCCCUGUGGUUGCUGCUCAGUUUUCAGACAAUCUGCUGAGAUCUUUUCUGAUCCAUAUCAUGUCUGUUCCUGCUAUAAUGACUCAUCUUGCUACUCUAACACCUGAGCGUCUGGCAGUGAUAGAAUCUCACGAUCUUUUCCGCAAGUUCAUCAUAUUUUUAAGUCGUGAAGCGCAGUGUCGAGAUGUCUGCGUGUGCCUGGAAGGAAGCCACACUCUUUGCUUGUUGGGUAAUCUUGUGUACUUGGGCUCCCUGAAUGAUAAAGUUCUUGAGGACGAGACAGCUCAUUUUGUGGGUGUGCUCAUUCACAUGCUCUCCUACUGCCAGAAGUAUGUUUCACAAAAGAAAUCCAAUCUGACCCACUGGCAUCCUGUUCUGGGCUGGUUUUCACAGUCUGUGGAUUAUGGAUUGAAUGAGUCCAUGCCUCUGCUGACAAAGCAACUGCAGCAUCUCUGGGGAGUCCAUAUGAUCCGCAUCCUCUUCAGUGAUGUGCUCAGCAAGAAAUUGCUGGAGAAUCAGGAAAUAGCUCAGCUGCCAACACAGCCAGUUUCUCCUCAGAACAGCCUCCCUAUGAAGAAUCUCUUCAAGAGAGCUUUUCAGAAGUCGGCAUCUGUGCGCAACAUUCUGAAACCUGUUGGGGGCAAGCGAGUGGACUCAGCAGAAGUGCAGAAGGUGUGCAGUAUCUGUGUGCUGUACCAAACUACUCUCACGACGCUAACGCAGAUACGCCUGCAGAUCCUCACAGGCCUCACUUACUUGGAUGAUCUGUUGCCCAAAUUGUGGGCUUUUAUCUGUGAGCUGGGACCACAGGGCGGGUUAAAGCUCUUCUUGGAAUGCCUGAAUAAUGACACAGAAGAAUCCAAGAGGCUGCUGGCCAUGUUGAUGCUCUUCUGUGACUGCUCCCGUCACCUUAUCACGAUUCUUGAUGACAUAGAAGUCUAUGAAGAGCAGAUCUCAUUCAAACUGGAAGAGCUUGUUACCAUCUCAUCUUUUCUGAAUUCCUUUGUGUUUAAGAUGAUCUGGGAUGGAAUUGUGGAGAACGCCAGGGGGGAGACGCUGGAGCUGUUUCAUUCAGUCCAUGGCUGGCUCAUGGUCUUGUAUGAAAGGGAUUGCCGCAGGCGUUUUGCUCCUGAGGACCACUGGUUACGGAAGGACCUCAAACCCAGCGUGCUCUUCCAGGAGCUGGACAAGGACAAGAAACGAGCCCAGCUGCUCCUGCAGUACAUCCCACAUGUCAUUCCUCACAAGAAUAGGGUGCUGCUUUUCCGAAACAUGGUUACAAAGGAGAAGGAGAAGCUUGGGCUGGUUGAAACCAGCUCUGCAUCGCCUCAUGUCACACACAUCACCAUCCGCCGCUCGCGAAUGUUGGAGGAUGGAUACGAACAGCUACGGCAGCUUUCCCAGAACGCCAUGAAGGGAGUGAUCAGAGUGAAAUUUGUGAAUGAUCUGGGUGUCGAUGAGGCUGGUAUUGAUCAAGACGGGGUCUUCAAAGAGUUUCUGGAGGAGAUAAUAAAGAAAGUGUUUGACCCUGCACUCAACUUGUUCAAGACAACCAGUGGUGAUGAGAGGCUGUAUCCAUCCCCAACAUCCUAUAUUCAUGAGAACUACCUGCAGCUCUUUGAGUUUGUGGGGAAGAUGCUUGGGAAGGCUGUAUAUGAGGGAAUAGUUGUGGAUGUACCAUUUGCUUCCUUCUUCUUGAGUCAGCUCCUUGGACACCACCACAGUGUCUUCUACAGCUCUGUAGAUGAACUUCCCUCCUUGGACUCUGAGUUCUAUAAAAAUCUCACUUCAAUUAAGCGUUACGAUGGUGAUAUCAGUGACUUGGGCUUAACGCUGUCCUACGAUGAAGAUGUGAUGGGUCAGCUUGUUUGCCAUGAACUUGUUCCUGGAGGGAAGACCAUUCCCGUUACCAAUGAAAAUAAGAUCAGCUACAUCCAUCUCAUGGCUCACUUCCGGAUGCACACACAGAUCAAGAGUCAGACAGCAGCGCUCAUCAGCGGAUUCAGGUCGAUCAUUAAGCCUGAGUGGAUUCGUAUGUUCUCUGCACCAGAGCUGCAGCGACUGAUCUCUGGUGACAAUGCUGAGAUUGACCUCGAGGACUUAAAAAAACACACAGUGUACUAUGGGGGCUUCCAUGGGAGUCAUCGGGUCAUUAUCUGGUUGUGGGACAUCCUAGCCAAUGACUUCAGCCCCGAGGAGAGAGCCAUGUUUCUGAAGUUUGUUACCAGCUGCUCUAGGCCUCCGCUUCUGGGCUUUGCCUACCUCAAGCCUCCAUUUUCCAUCCGUUGUGUGGAAGUCUCUGAUGACCAGGACACCGGUGACACGCUGGGCAGUGUGCUACGAGGCUUCUUCACCAUCCGCAAGAAAGAGCCAGGUGGGCGUCUCCCAACCUCCUCCACGUGUUUCAACCUCCUCAAGCUUCCCAACUACAGCAAGAAGAGCAUUCUGCGGGAGAAGCUGCGCUAUGCCAUCAGCAUGAACACUGGCUUUGAGUUGUCCUAGCUGCCGUGGCCCUGGACUCCACAACAGGGGCUCUCAGGGCUGCUGACUGCUGCUGGAGGUGGAGGUCUUCACGCACAGAGCACAUCAGCUCCACGGGAGCUGACUGCUCACUCGAGGGCUGGAGAGAUGCAGCUGAUCAUAGAGGUUUGCAGGGAAGAGCUUCUGGGCUAGACAGGGCUGGCUCUUCUUGGGCACUCCUCCAGGAUGAAGGAGGCGAUGGGCCUGAUCCAAUACUCUUCACUUGACACCCACGUAAAUCAUCUUUAAAAGCAAACCCCGGGGGAGCAUAAAAGGAACAUUAAAAGUGCCAGUCAGAUUAGUGACCGUCAUACCCUCAGCGGGCGGCUGCCUCUGCAGGAGUAUUUCUUUUUCCUUUCCCAGGAGAUGGGCUGGUUUCUUACUGGGUGGAAGUCGAUCAGUGAAAAGCUGCACAAAGGCAGAAAUGGGACCGAGCCCACAAGGAGAAAAGCACAAAGCUGCAGCGCUGGACAUGCCACAAACAGGCACUCGUUACUCAGGUCAGGUAAUGCGUGGGGGCUUCCUGAUGCCCUUACUCCAUGCAAGGCCCUUGCAUUUGUCUCAGAGAAUGAACCACUAGCCCAGACUUGAGAAGCAGCAGGUUAAAUGCAAGCAGAUGGACCCUGCCACUCUCAGGAAGGUUUUGGAGCACUGUAGGUUAAGAGCUCAAGCAGCAGGCAUGGGGGUCAGCGUGCUGAGCCAGCUGUGCCUCUGCCAAGCUCUUGCUAGAGCUGUGAUUCGGACAAAAGGGGUUGCUGGAAUUUGUUUGGGAGCAGAAAAGGUUUAAUUUUAUUUAGCUGGAAGCUGGCACACGGCUUGGGCAGCCCUCACUCCCCAGCAGAGCGCUGCAGUGGGACCGGUGCCCCCUGCGCAGUGUGGAAGGGGAAUGUGUCAGGCUGCUGAGAGCCCUCUGGAAACCUCUGCUGGCAAAGCUUCUCUACUUGGAUGGAAGUUUCACUUUGUCUGCGAUCUCUUUUGUUAGGGAGAAGCGCUGUUGUGAACCCAGACUUGGCCUCUGUGUAACAGCCCCAUUUGCUUGGUUGCCAAAGUCCUUUUAGUUGCUUUGCCUCUUUCUGGCCUUAUUUUUACAGCUGAUGUUUGCCUGUAACAGGCAGCUUUUUCAGGUUUUUGUGAAAGAAAGGGUGUGAGUGGGGGUGUGCGUGUAUGUAUUGGGAAGGCGUGGGCCCUUCCUGGAGUUUCUACUGAAAUCCAGAGCCUCAUCUGUCACGUGUCUCUGCAGCUUCACCUUCCUCUCCCCAGGCGUGCUCAGCAAAGCACAGAGAGAGGUCCCUGGGCUCUCUGUGAGGGCCCCUUAACCACCCUAACUACUGUGUGCUGCAUGUCAGACCAGAAAAUACUUGGCAACGUUCAACCAAGAGUCCAGCGAUGCCCUUUGCUUCAUCUUUCUCUUUUCUAUAUGGCAUUAACUGAUUUUCAGAGAGAGUGGAAAAUGGAGAUGCCUGGAAAUGCAUCUGGAGAGCAGCGUUGAGUCCUUUUUCUUAAUCAUCUCAGUAACAUAAAGCAGGAGUGAUUGGAAAUGGUAGCGAGGACACGAAUGUCUGCAUUCCGAGAAUUCAAGAUACUGGACUAAGUCCAAAGAAGAUAAAGAUGAUGGUUAAAAACUGUUUGGGGUUGGCUUUGUUGCUGUUGUUUUCUUUUUUCUCUUAAAGAGCAUUUCAGCAUUAGGCUGUUGACUGUGUAGCUGAGAGGCUUAGGCUCUGAGUUGUACCAUCCCUAGGUUGAAGUAUAGCACAGGAUCCCUUUUUCUAGGAGAAUGCAGUGUCUAAAUGAGCACAGUGAUCGUUGAGUGAGCACGAUGAAGUAAAAUCUUUGCUCCCCUUUUUCCCUUCGUUCCUCAGGAGUACAGGUCCUAGAAGAGAUCUUCAUGCGGUCUCAGCUAGUUCCCUCCCAACCUGGAAAUAUUGCACUACAAGACACUACAUCCAGUUCUGUAGCUAGCAGAUAAAACGUGAUUGUGUAGUAAGCACUCUGGUGACCGUGUGUGCAACAGUAAUAUUUCUUUGGAGUAGCUGACUCCUGUACAACUGAGAGUCUUUAAUACGAUUUCAGCUGAGCAGAAGGCUGAGUACAGUCCCUGCCUGCACUGCUGUAUGCUGUGCUGGUGUCCUUUGUAGGACAGGGAUGGCUUUGCCACGGGAGAUUAAUGACUAUUUUUUCUAUAGAAGACUUUCUGCUGUGGAGACCUUGGUACAUCCCUUGUAUAAGCAAUGCAGGGAGGAGGAAAAAUAAACCUGGUAUGACAAUCGGAUGGUUCUUCUUUCUCUCCCCAGGGGCAGGGAAACCACAGGGUGUAAUGUGCAGAGCGCACGGCACGGUGGGAGAGGAGCUUUGGGGCAUUGGUGCCUCUGCCAGCAGGCUGUGGGACAGGCAUGGAGGCUGCUGGGUGCUUGGGGAUCCCUUUUGUCAGGCUGGUUCCUUGCACAUGUGCCCUGGCAGCCCUGAGCUGGGCUCCCUGGGGCAUUGCUGGUGGGGCUGUGAGCAGCUCUGAGCCCGAAGGGACCUGGUAGGGUUCUGUGGAGCAGGAUUUGAGUUCUAGAAUAUGCUUGGAGAAACGCAGUGUAGUCUUGCAGGGUGCUGAUAGCCCUUAAGAGGGGUUUGUUGUCCUCAGUGUAAGCAGGUGCUAGCGGGGGUCCUUCACAUCCUCCAGAGCCAUGGCUGCUGGUCCUGAUUCCCUGCAGUGCUUGGGGCAGCCCCGUGGGUGCUGGGGCUCAGCUGGGACGAGGGCUCGGUGGGAGCGUGGCCCAGGGCUCCCAGUCAGUGUGCAAGCACCAUUGUUUUGACACUGAGGCAUAUGGCACCGUCAGAAACGGCAAAAAGAAAUCACGCAGCAGAUGCUGCGAAGGCAGAAAGCUGGCAACAGACAGCCAGGCCUGCAAAAUGCCUGCUUCUCCAGCACUGAGAAGUGAGCAUGAGCUUGUCAGGGCUGGCUCUGUGCACGCUGAGGUGCUGGGACCAUGCAUAUGGGGUACGGAGCAGAGAUGGAUUGCUAGACCUGGAGUGGUGCUGGGGUCCCCCCUAGGCGGGGGCACGUUUUGGGAGCAGACAGCUCUUCUUGCUGCUCCUCGCAUCCCAAGUCCCUGACUUCCACUGCAGCCUGGUGGUUCCUCCAUUUGAUAGCACUGUGCUCUGGACAGGGGCUGGACCAUGAGUUCAGGUGGAUGGGCUGCGCCCUGCUCCCUGCAGCACUGAGCAGCACGAGAUGAAGCGUUUCUAGAGCUCAGUUUUGUUUGACUCCUUCCAGGUGAGUAUUUUGGGAGCAGAGGACUUGACCUGAUGGCAGAGGUGGUCCCUUCUGCUCCUCCAGCUUGACAGGAGCAGUGCAGGGUGGCUGUGUGCACCCCAAGACUUCCCCUGUGGCUGCAGCCCCAGUGCAUCCCUCAGGGUUCGUGCACCAGCCGUUCUCUGUGUUAGUAGAGGGAAUGCUGCCUUGUAUAAAUUUACAUACAACUUGGCAAAAUGUAUGUUUGUGUCAUUUCUGCAAGAGCAGCAGCCGGCUCUACUGCUUGCACGUUGUGGUGGUAAUAGAGGUGCUUGAGUUAUAGUGAAACUUAUUUCAUUUUACAGCUCCUACAGCGUUAACAGAUGUACAGGCGUCUGAUCCAAUCAUGCAGCAAGAGAUUUUGGGGCCAGUUCUUCCAGUUUUGACAGUAUGUAAGCUAGGAGCAGCCAUACAUUUUACAAACAAGAAUAAACGACCCUUAGCAACAUAUGUCUCUGCUGGCAGUUCCAACAUAAUCAUAAAUAAGGAACCCUGCUAGGCAGGAAUGUGUCUGGGCUCUGCAGACGGUCAGCACGGCCGCAGCAUCUGCCUUUCUCCCAUUAUAUUAAUGAGGUGCAGGCACUGGAAUCCCUAUGUUGUAUGGCUGGAUUUGCUGGGUGGGACUGAAGGGCUUGGAAAAAACCAAGCCUCGCACCAACACUUUACUAGUUUUAAAGCUUGUAUUUAGUUGCAGUGAUUCUUGGCUCACCUGUCCGUUCUCUUGCUAGGCUCUGAGGCAUUACUGCAUGCUGCCCCCUGAGUGCUAGCAGCUGCCAGCUGUGCCACACUAGAAGCUGGUGCAAAAGCUCCUGUUUGCCUGCCUGCCUGGAGCAUAACAGCCAACAGCCCCUUUGAUACAGGCAAGUGCUGUACAACCCGGUGCUAAAGCACUGGGCAAACACUGCAGGUUCUGAACUCACUUGAGGGCCAAGCAUAAUCCCUGUGGAGCUCUGCUCUGCUGAGCUGUAGCUGCCCAUGGGGCUGGGAGUGCUCUCACCCUGAGUUCUCAUGCCUGAAUUUGAGCACUGGCCCCUGUGCCUGGGCACCCCAGACACUAACAUCCCUCCUAGCAUCCCUCAGCUUCAGCCGUGCAGAAACAAUUGCACAGACCUGUCUGGGUACAAAGAGCGAGCUGGAAGCUGAGUGAACCCUAAUAAAUUUAAUCUCUACAUCGUCUAA